AUGGUUCUCAACAUUGACCAGGAAUUCCUUGCUGCAGUAUCGCCGAUGCUGGGCACGCUUGCCGGAGUACAGAAACCAGGACUACAUGACGUCAAGGGUCGAAGAGAGUUCUUCGCCAGGAUGAACUCGAACCGCAAUCCACAGGUUGCUAAGGGUGUCGAGUUGAAGAUAUACCACAUCCCAACCCCCGAUGGCUACCAGCUCCCAAUCUACCAUUUCAGAGUACACCCCAAAGAAGAAGCAACAAAAAACCCUGCAGUUUUCCAUAUUCAUGGAGGCGGCCUCAUCUCCAUCAGCGCUGCAGAUGUGGUCGAUGGCGUUUCUGAGCAAGUUCUUCUUACUGGAGUGCAGGUGUUCUCUGUUGACUACCGGCUUGCACCAGAGAACCCAUAUCCGACGCCUCUGGAAGAUUGCUGGACUGGAUUGACUUGGAUGUUCGCCCAAGCCGAAAAGUUCAAUCUUGACACAACGUCCAUUGCGGUGAUGGGUGAGAGUGCCGGUGGAAACCUCUCUGCAGCGCUUACACUGCUGGCUCGAGACCGACAAAUGACGCCGCCAUUCUCUCGACAAAUUCUGAUCUACCCAAUGCUGGACGAUCGAAACACGCUUAAGGCGAUUGGUCAAAUACCUAUCUGGGACGAAAUCGACAAUCUCACAGGAUGGACAGCCUACCUUGGACGUGAGCCAGGCGGCAGCGAUGUGCCAAUGUUUGCUGCUCCCGCUCGGGUCGAGAAUGUAGACGGGUUACCACCACUCUAUAUAGAAGUUAGCCAGCUUGAUUUGUACCUGUUCGAGGAUUUAGAGUAUGCCAGCAAGUUUUUGCGCGCUGGAAUUGAAACGGAGCUGCACGUUUACCCGGGUGUGCCACAUGGAUUCGAUGGGGUUGCACCCAGCCACACGAUGUCCAAGUUGGCAAAGGAAAAUCGUUUGAGGGUGAUUAGAAAAUUGUAUCGUAGUUCUGACAACUAG